ACCUAACCACUCAAAAUACACAAUAAUAGAAAAAUUUUAGUUUCAUCAUUUUAUUGAAGUACCAAAUUGCCCUUAUCGUCUCCAGAACCUUCCCAAACCCCCUCUCCGCGUCUCUCUAUCAGAAACCCCAACUAAAACCCUAACACCUCUCUCCACUCUUUAUCCCUCUGUCACUCACAACUCAUUGCUCUCUCUCCAUCUCUUGGCCUUCGCCAUCCAUCUAUCUAUCUCAAACCAAUAUGCAUAGGCUUCCUCGACGCUCCGUCUCCGCUAUCCUGCGCCACGGCGGCGCACGUCACCGGACCACCGCUGCUCCAAUCUCCUGCGCUUCUACCCACUUGGGUUCGGUGGGAGAAACUGAUGCCAAAGUGAGAUGGCACUCAGCGUUGGCCUCUGGGAAGUUUAACCCUUGCAAACCCACGGCUCAGUUUGCCUCCAACAAUGGACUGUGCUUUGGCAACCGGUUUGAGUCCACUGCUGCAGCCUCUGAUGCAUCGGCCGAGCCUCCCGCUGAGAGAUUCGAGUAUCAAGCUGAAGUCAAUCGCCUCAUGGACCUCAUUGUUAACAGCUUGUACAGUAACAAGGAGGUGUUUCUUAGAGAGCUUAUCAGCAAUGCAAGUGAUGCCUUGGACAAGCUCAGGUUUCUCAGUGUUACGGAGCCUGAUCUUUUGAAGGGUGGAGGUGAUCUUGAUAUCCGUAUCCAGACUGAUAAAGACAAUGGGAUCAUACAUAUCAUUGAUUCUGGUAUUGGUAUGACUCGGCAAGAACUUGUUGACUGCCUGGGAACAAUUGCACAAAGUGGGACCGCAAAGUUCUCAAAGUUGUUGAAGGAUAGUAAAGAUGCGGGUGGUGACAACAAUUUGAUUGGUCAGUUUGGUGUUGGCUUUUACUCGGCAUUCCUUGUUGCUGAUCGGGUUGUCGUCUCCACAAAGAGCCCAAAAUCUGACAAACAAUAUGUAUGGCAAGGAGAGGCAAAUGCUAGCUCGUAUACAAUUCAGGAGGAGACUGACCCUGAGAAGCUUAUUCCUAGAGGAACCCGCCUGAGCUUGUAUCUCAAGCGUGAUGACAAAGGUUUUGCUGUUCCAGAACGGAUACAGAAGCUUGUGAAAAACUAUUCACAGUUUGUUUCUUUUCCUAUAUACACUUGGCAGGAAAAGGGGUACACUAAAGAGGUUGAGGUUGAUGAGGAUCCAGCUGAAUCCAAAAAGGAUGGAGAAAAUGAGAAAACCGAGGUACAAAAGAAAAAAACGAAGACUGUUGUUGAGAAAUACUGGGAUUGGGAGCUCACUAAUGAGACACAACCAAUAUGGCUUCGCAAUCCUAAGGAAGUCACUACGGAGGACUACAAUGAGUUCUACAAGAAAACUUUUAAUGAAUACUUGGAUCCACUAGCAUCUUCGCAUUUCACAACAGAGGGUGAAGUAGAAUUCAGGUCUAUUCUGUAUGUUCCAGCGGUUGCUCCUAGGGGGAAGGAUGACAUAGUCAACUCCAAGACAAAAAAUAUAAGCCUCUAUGUGAAAAGGGUGUUCAUUUCAGAUGAUUUUGAUGGAGAACUGUUCCCUCGAUACUUGAGCUUCGUCAAAGGUGUUGUGGACUCAAAUGAUCUUCCACUCAAUGUUUCACGUGAAAUUCUUCAGGAGAGUCGUAUUGUACGGAUUAUGAGGAAGCGCUUGGUUCGGAAGGCCUUUGAUAUGAUCCUGGGAAUAUCCAUGAGUGAGGACAGAGCAGAUUAUGAAAAGUUCUUCGAAAAUUUUGGAAAGCAUUUGAAACUGGGUUGCAUUGAAGAUCGUGAAAAUCAUAAGCGUAUUGCUCCAUUGCUUAGAUUUUUCUCUUCCCAAAGUGAGGAUGUGAUGAUCAGCUUGGAUGAAUAUCUUGAGAACAUGAAACCUGAGCAGAAGGGUAUCUAUUACAUUGCUUCUGAUAGUGUAGAAAGCGCAAGCAAUACACCAUUCCUGGAAAAACUUCUUGAGAAGAAUUUCGAAGUGUUGUACUUAGUUGAUCCAAUUGAUGAGGUUGCCAUCCAGAACCUGGAAUCUUACAAGGAGAAGAAAUUCCUUGAUAUUAGCAAGGAAGAUCUGGAUUUAGGGGAUAAGAAUGAGGAAAAAGAAAAGGAGAUUAAGCAGGAAUAUGGCCAAACAUGUGAUUGGAUUAAGAAACGUUUGGGUGACAAAGUUGCCAGUGUUCAGAUUUCAAACCGUCUUAGCUCGUCACCCUGCGUUCUUGUAUCUGGGAAGUUUGGUUGGUCUGCCAACAUGGAGAGGUUGAUGAAGGCACAAACUGUUGGUGAUACUUCUAGCCUUGAGUUUAUGAGAGGCAGGAGGGUGUUUGAGAUUAAUCCUGAGCACCCAAUCAUUCAAAACUUGAAUGCUGCAAGCAAGAUCAACCCGGAUGAUGAAGAUGCUAUUAGAGCUAUUGAUCUUUUGUAUGAUACAGCUUUGGUGUCUAGUGGUUUUACCCCUGAGAAUCCAGCACAGCUGGGUGGAAAGAUAUAUGAGAUGAUGGGUUUGGCUCUUUCUGGGAAAUGGUCUACACCUGUCGCCGAGGUUCAGCAACCAGGACGCCAACACCACAACCCAGAGACGUUAGAGGCUGAGGUUCAGCAUCCAGGAACCCCACAUCACAACACCAAGAUAUUAGAGGCUGAGGUGGUUGAGCCUGUUGAAGCUGGUACCCAGAAAUGAGGAGCAAGAGGCAUUUUUCCUUUUUGACACUAAAUUCUCUUUCUCAUGCACAAAAUUCAGUGGGUAGGUCUUUUAGUGGUGCAGUUGAUAAAUGUCUGGACAUGAGUGUUAGAUAUAUAUAUAUUUGAGGGAGCUGGUGACCAGAAAUAAGAGCACAAAGCAACUUUCAUUUUUUGGUACCAAAUUUUCUUACAAAAUUUCAGUGGUAGGGCUGGCUGGUGGUGUUCAUAUAUGGAGACGAGUGUUAUGAUAUAUUUGAUGGACGUAGGCUGUUUGGCUGAACUCUAUGGGAUUACUUAAUAAUCUUAUGGUUAUUUUGACUAAUUCCUUUCUCUUUAAUUUGUACUUGUUUUAGUUUGUCUUUUAUUUAA